CGGUUGGAAGAGAAUAUAGGUGGUCGUCUACGGCAUGCUUUCAUUGGUAUAGGUUUUUGAGAAAGAACCCAAGCUUAUGACUUCCAAGCUGCCCUUCAUGACCAUAUGAAAUACCUAAACAAAAAGAAGACUGCUGAAGAGAUGGAGCAGCAUUAUCAGAAGACGUCCUCAGUUGAUUACAGUCUAAAAGAAGGGGAAACACUGGUGUUGCAAAUAAAGAAAAAGGGAUCUUGUAGUUCCAAGUCUACAUUUUUUGAGCAGGGUCUCAGCAAUCUCUCAUUGGAAGAAAAGGCAAAUAUGAAAGAGCCCACAAUCUGUCUCAAACCACCACCGCCCCCACCAGCUCCACUUUCACCUGUUAGCACUGCUCAGAAAGCACCAGCAAACUUUCCAUCUAAUUUCAGUCUUCAGGGGACUACUGAUGAUUCUGACCCACAUGGUACGAAAGAAUGUCAAUCCAAAGAACCUUCUUCACAAGAAGAUAAGAACUCUCAAGAUACCGUGGAAGAUGACUUUGGAGAUUUUCAGGCGGCGGAUAGCUUUGUUUUUUGAAUCUCAAAUUUUCUUUGCUUGAAUGCUUGAAAUGGUUGCAUGCUUCCAUUGGGAAGUAUGUCUUGGUUUUGGUCAAUGCACCAAUUUUAUACCCGUUAGUUUGGUUGAGAGGUUCUACACUUUCGGAGAUUGAUGAUCUCGAUUUACUUAGAAAAUAGAAUUUGUAUAAAAUUAUUAUAAU